AAACUCAACAUAAACUUUCUUUCUUGCACCCUCUAUGGUUCUUGUCCCUCUUCCUUCCUGAAAACCUCACGCCAUUUUCAUAAAAAAAUGGAGCUACAGUCUCCAAACUUCACCUCCAAUGAUACCCAAAACCCUAAAAAUGACCUUCCAAAACAUGCCCACAUGGAGAAAGAUCAAGAGCAAAAACAUCACUUCUUUGAAGACAUAGACAGCAGUUGCUCCACUCCAUACGUCAGUGCACCUUCGAGCCCUGGUCGAGGAUCCGGUCCAGUUAAUGGCGGAUUCUAUUACAGUGCUCCUGCUAGUCCCAUGCACUUUGCUGCUUUAACACCUUCAUAUGCAUACCCAUCAUCAUCAUCAUCAUCACCGAAUAACAAUGGGAGCAGUACUAGUAGUAUUUCUCUGGCUCUCGGUUUUGAGUUUGGAUCCGGGUCUGGGUCAACCGGGUCGAUGAGUUCGGCUGAUGAGUUGUUUCUGAAUGGAAAGAUCAGACCCAUGAAGCUGUCAAGUCAUUUGGAACGGCCUCAGGUUCUGGCUCCGUUGUUGGAUCUCGAAGGGGAAGAAGACUUUACUGAGUCGAAUCGAGGUAGAGAUAUAAGAGUUGUACGUGAUAAAUCCAUGAGGAGAAGAACAAGAUCUUUGUCUCCACUGAGAAGCACUUCUUCUCAGCUCAAAAGUGCUUCUUGUUUAGAUGAAGGUAAAGAUCAGAAGAGUGCUGAGAAGAAUGAACAGUCAAGUUCUGCUUUUGAAGCAGCAGCAACAUCAACAACAACAGCAGCUUCUUCUACUUCAAGAUCAUCUUCAGCUGGGAGAAGCUCAAAGAGAUGGGUGUUUUUGAAAGAGUUUCUUUACAGAAGCAAAAGUGAAGGAAGAAGCACCAACAAGUUCUGGUCAACAAUCUCAUUUUCACCAGUUCUUAAAGACAAGAAAUCCUCAAACUCUUCCACUGCAACAACAACUAUUUCUUCUUCUCUUCAAGCUUCAAAAGUUCACCAAAAGGAAAUUUCCAAUCAGGGUUCAAGUGUGAAGAAGCCAGUGAAUGGGAUAGGGAAGAGGAGAAUGCCACCAUCACCACAUGAGUUACAUUACACUGCAAAUAGAGCUCAAGCUGAAGAGAUGAGGAAGAAGACUUUUUUGCCUUACAGACAAGGCUUACUUGGGUGCUUAGGCUUUAGUUCAAAAGGUUAUGGUGCCAUGAAUGGGAUUGCUAGAGCUUUAAAUCCAGUUUCUUCAAGGUAAUUGAAAUUGUAUAGAUUUAUAUAUUUUCUUCUUCUUAUUUUCAUAUUAAGCUUCUUAUUAAAUCUCAGUUGCCUUGUAUGAAGAAUGAAUAUUAAUCUAUCUAUUUCCAAAAGCUUAAGAUAAUGUGAGAUCUUUGGCUUCUUCUGGUA